GAAUACCUUCUUUCAUAUACAAUUUGUUAGCACCAUACUAAAAAAAUCAUCGUAAGUUAAGGCAGUUGCUUGUUGUUAGUACGAAUUGAACACGUUCAUAAGACGCUUUGAGUUGCAUAUAUCUUAUAGAAUAAAGGUGCGAUGAACAUGAGACCAAGAGGCACAGGAACCGGGGCUAGACGUUCAAGAUUAAGUGCUACCCCAGUGUAUGAAGAUUUUAAGCCAACUUUCGAAUGGAAGCAUGAAGAAGGAGCUUCUAUACUACUUUACCAUUUGCCUGGAUUUGCUAAAGAACAAAUCAGAAUUGUAGCUGAAAGUAGCGGGAUUUUAAGAGUUCGGGGAGAACGUCUCGUUACCAGUAAUAGAUGGAGUCGGUUUCAAGAGGAAGCUAUGGUUCCAAAAGAUUGUAACAUGAGUGAUAUUCGAGCAAAGUUUGAAGGUGGAAUUCUUACUAUUACAAUGCCAAAAAAGACAACUACCAUUAAUAAGGAAACUCCCGUUGAAAAACAACCCAACACUCGUGCAACAUUUCAAGAACCUCCUACUACAUCGAGUGUACCAAACCCUAGUUUACAACAAAACCCUCAACCUCAGUUUCAAGAUGAAUCAUCUUCGAAACCUACUAUGCCAACUACUGUAGAAAAGACUCCGACGGUUCGAAAAGGUGUUAGUCCACCAUCUUCGAUACCCGGAAAAGGCGAAGAUAUUAACCCACAACGCAAAAUACAACAAGAAGCAAAUGUACCACAUGUGAAGCCUCCAAUUGAUUUAAAGCAAUCUCCAAACAACCAAGGUAGCACUAACCAACAAAUUUCUGACUAUAUUAAAUCAAAAGUUACAAAAGAUCACAAAGAGAUGAAUGAAAAAUACAAGGCAGCUAAUUCUCAAGUACAAGAGAAACAUGAGAAGUAUGUUGAUGCUCUUGAUCUAGACAAGAUGAACUUUCAUGAAAUGGAUAAAAAUUAUGGAAAUGAUGAUGGUAAAAGUGAUACAAAAGGUCAACUAUUGAUAAAUAUGGGUGUAGCAAUAUUAGUGAUGGUUGCACUUGGCACACAAAUAUACUACUCCUUCGAUUCUAAUGCUUAGAUUGAUUGAUUUUAUUGUACUUUUAAUUAAGGGUAUGUAUGUAAUCAUUUCAUAAUUCUAUAUGGUAAAUACUUAUGUAUAAGAUCUGAUACAAUAUUAAUAUAUUUUUAAUUUUUUAUUAUUAUGUCUGUAAUCGACCCUUGAU